CGAAAGUUCCUGAAUCUAGAAAUGUUGGGGCACCUGUGUAACUGUAGACAUUCGUCAGCGGUGUUUCUUAUCACAACAGAUGCUAAUUAAAGAUGGCGGAUGUAGGAGCGAUCGUGCGAUCUGACCAGGAACAGGAGGCGAUAGCCGUUUUCUUGAGAGAGGUCAACAAGGAUUGCGCCGAAAAUGGCUUGAGUCCUGUCGGAACAUCUACUGCUCUUAUGUUCUUAAUGGCUAGAAAAUUUAAUGCCGAACGAGCUGUGAUCCUAUACAGACGAUAUCAGUAUGAACGUCAAUUAUAUCGUUUACAAGAAUUGGCUCCAUAUGAUCAACCUCUGAGCUCUGAACUUCUUGGUGGGAAGUUUACGGUUUUGGAAAGUCGUGAUGCAGGAGGAGCAGCAAUAGCAGUGUUUACUGCCAGCAAGCACUUUCCAGCAGCAACAUCUCACAGGACAGUUAUACAGGGAAUUGCAUUUCAGCUGGAUGAGUGUUUGAAAAGUUACGAAACUCGAAAGAAUGGGUUGGUUCUGCUGUACGACAUGACAGGAUCAGGCUAUCAUAAUUUUGAUUAUGGUCUCGCUCGAAAAGUCAUGGAUCUACUGAAGGGUAGUUAUCCAGCCAGACUCAAGAAUGUCUUUAUUAUCUCCCCUCCAUUUUGGUUUAAGGCUGUGUUAUCCUUUUUCAUGAACUUUCUCCAAGAAAGACUGAAGGAAAGGAUUGAGGUAGUUCCAAGGGAAGUAUUACCACAGAGACUUCCAGAAUCUUCGAUCCCUGAAAGCUUGGGUGGAUCCCUGAAAGUGGAUCAUUUAGCUUGGUUGAACAAGUGCUUGGAAUCAUACUCCCAGACAUGUCAAGAAAAGGGUGGUUUGAAUGGGGCAGCAAAAAACUUUGAAAGACUUGACGAAACUGUGUCAAACAAAUUUGGUGCUCUAACAUUUGAUCAUGAAGCAGGGCUGGGAAGUGAAGGUUCUCUCACUGUAAUGGAAUUUAUUGAACACAUGAUGAAGCAACAAAGGAGAGGAAUCAAUUUACAGUUUUUUAAUUUAAAGACCAACACAGCAUCUGGAAGUUUUCAGUCUACAAGAUUGCCAGAGAAUGUGAAGAAAAACAGAUACACGGAUGUCUUGUGUCUGGAAGAAACAAGGGUAAAGCUGUCCAAUUUGGAUGGACAAACGACAUCAAAUUACAUUCAUGCAAACUUUAUGGAUGGAUACAAGCAAGCACGGGCAUAUAUUGCCACUCAAGGUCCCCUGCCCCACACCAAAGGUGAUUUCUGGCAAAUGGCUUGGGAACAACAGGUUUAUGUCAUUGUCAUGAUAACAAGGUGCAUUGAAAGGAGUCGCAGGAAGUGUAUUCAGUAUUGGCCCGAAAAUAAUGAAACACAGGAGUUUGCAACAUUAGAUGUGUCCCAUGAAGAAACUUUGGAAUUUGAGGAUCAUGUAGAAAGAGUUUUCUGGAUGAAGCACAAAAGGUCAGGAGAGAAACGAAGACUAGUCCACUUCCAAAUGACCUCUUGGCCAGAUUUUGGAGUGCCGUCGUCUGCCGAGUCAUGCUUACAUAUUGUUGGUCUGGUCCGGGAGGCACAAAAUGAUGCAGUGCAAGCAUUAGGGUCGCAGUGGAAGGGACACCCAAGAGGCCCUCCAAUUAUAGUGCACUGCAGUGCAGGUAUUGGUCGCACUGGGACCUUCUGCACUAUUGAAGUGAAUGUGGCUCGUUUGGCAGAUGUGGGAAAAUGUGAGGUAUUUAACACAGUGAAAACUUUAAGAACUCAGAGGGCGCUCACUAUUCAGACACCUGAACAGUACGAGUUUUGUCAUUUGGCCAUAUUGGAGCAUGCGCUGAACAUGGCAAGCACAACGCAAGAUGAGAAGGAAGCAAUCACAGACUUCUUGGGAGGGUGGAAAAUGCAACGAAAAAACUCCAGUGACACGGAUUGAGCCCAGUGUACUACACAAAAGAUAGUGAUUGGUAUAAGGUUAGGCCUAAGUGAUCCUUGAGUUUUAACGAAGUAUUCCUCUCUCUCUCUCUCUGUUAGGGAUGAGUGAUAAUCUGUAAAAAUUAAAAAGCCUGGAAAGCCUCCAAAUGUUAGUGAAGCUAGCGUCCUUUAUUACUUCGCAGAAAGAUUUGAAAAUCGAGGGGAAAAAUACUAACAGCAUACUCUUGCACUAAAAGAUGGUGAUUUACCAAUCUGGCAAUAUUUAGCCAUUGGAGUCCUCGUGUAUUCACGUGCACGCUAAUCACUCGGGAAAUGGUGAGAAUGAAGGCUGCGCAGUACAAUUCUUUAUCCUUUAGCGCUACCGUCUGGUUUACCAGAACCGUAUUAUCUCUAAAACCCGUUUUUUUCUUUUCUUUUUUCUUUUUUUUGUUAACAGAGAACGUUUUAAACUCUAUGAUGUAUCUGUAUUGCUCAUAAUGUGGAGAGGAAUCUGAAAACAUUGUAUAUAGAUUUCAUUUACCGUUAAUCACCAACAUCCUCAUGGAGGCAACAUCCCUUGAAUAAAGGGCCAUCCUAAUUUAUGCUAAAUUUGUAUUAAAAAACAGGGCUGUUUAAAGCACCAACUUGAAUUUGUAGAAUACGAAUGAUAUUUAUUGCUUUUUUUGAGAAAUGGAAUUUCACAUGCGACAUUUUACUGUUUUAAAAAUAACUAAUAUUGUCUACAAUUUCCAACUGUAUUGGGAUGAAAUGCAGAGCUCAAAUUAAACCCCGUUCACACUGGCAAAACAUGUGUAGUCAAACCGGGUUUGACAGAAUUAAAAUCAAAAACAGAAAAAGUUUUCCACAGGUUUCAUCUAUUCACUAACAUGUAUUUUUAAUAUGUUAAAUUGGAAGUCAACAAACAUCAGUUGAAGCAGCUAUGAAGAAAACUUUUUAACCGUGUUAACCUAAACGGCUUAAAGACACGUUUUAAAGCUUUACUGCGAAUGAGGUAUAAGUACCUUUAGCAACUGUUGUUUGGAAUGUCACGCACUGCUCGUCCUUCUGGGAGAAGCUGUGUUGCGUGACAUCCUACAGAACAGCUUUUAAGAAAACUUUUUUAUAAGUUUAUGAUGAAACAAUUUAUUUGUUACGAUAUGUGUAACAAUUACCUUUCUUUGUAAAUUCCCUAAAUUCAAGAACAUUACUCAGUUAACGUUUGCAAUUAAAUCACAUGAUUCCGUUAUGGAAUACUAAAAAAUAUUUCAAAGUCAUUAUCCUUAAGGAAAUUAUGGUAUCUGAGUAAUUAAUUUUUAACGUUUUUGUGAAUAAUAUUUAGUUGACAUUGCUGUUACAAAAAGAGUCAAUUCUAAAAAUUUUAAAGACAUUUUAGUUUUGUAGAAGUUGUAUCCUAUAGUU